GAUCAGAUUCCCAUCUUCGGGUUGAUCCUGUGCCUACUCGUCAGUGUCCACUGUCAACCCGAGCCACUGAGCGCAUCCCGAAUCAACAGGCAUCGCAACAUGGCGGUUGCUGAUGCACCAACCGCUGUGGUCGAGGUUCCUGACCAUAAGGAGCCUCAAGAGACCGGGUCCGCAACCGAGAAGAAGACCGGAGUCCCGGACUCUCCCGAAAUCAAGAGUGCUCCUCCGGCCUACGGCGACGGCAGCAUCCAGGACAAGGACAUCGACAACGAGGACGCCAUCAUCGUCACCGGCACUGAUGCGGCCACUCAUCUGCUGCCCCUGAGGGAUGAUGGCGAUCCCGCGUUGACCUUCCGCAGUCUGUUCCUGGCCACUUGCCUUUCGGCGUUUCAGGCCUGCAUGUACCAGAUCUACACGUUCAAACCGACCAUGAUCACUAUUCAGGGCACCUUCAUCGUCCUCAUCGCUUACUUCGCGGGUAACGCAUGGGCCAAGGUUCUCCCCCGCGGAGAUCGACUGACUGCACGGUGGCGGGAGCGAGGCGGUCAGGGGAAACUUCCCCGCUGGAUCUCCGUCAUGACCUUCCUCAACCCGGGGCCGUGGGGUCUGAAGGAGCACGCCAUCUGUUCGAUCACGGCCACGUCGGCGUCCAACGCUGCGGCCAGCGUGCAGGUCUUUGCCGCCCAGGAACUCUUCUAUGAUUUGCCCAUCAGCGCCACCACGGUGAUCUUGGCCGUCAUCUCCAUCGGCCUGUUCGGCUACGGCAUCUGCGGCAUCAUGCGCCCGAUUGCCGUCUGGCACGUCGAUGCCGUGUACUGGAGCACGCUUCCGACGGUCAAGACGCUCCAGGGCCUGCACUGGCAGGAGGUCAAGAACUCCAAGCCCCUGCGCUGGUUCUGGUACUGCUUUGUCGGCAUGUUCUUCUACGAGUUCUUCCCUGCCUACAUCUGGCCGUGGCUCAACGCCGUGUCGAUCCCGUGUCUGGCCGCCAUGCACGCCACCGGCGAGAAGGCUGCCAUCCUCACGAACCUGUUUGGUGGCUCUUUGAACAACGAGGGCUUGGGGCUCUUCAGUCUGUCAUUUGACUGGCAAUACAUCACUUCGUUCAACACCUCCCUCCCCCUCCCGCUGCAGGCCCACACGGCUCUCGGCUAUCUGGUUUGCUACGCCGCAAUGCUCGGCAUCUACUACACCAAUGCAUGGGGUGCGAAAUCGCAACCGUUCAUGUCGACGCGGCUCCGAUCCGAGGAUGGCAAGGCAUAUCCGGUCGAGAAGGUCUUUACCGGCGGUGUGCUCGACAAAGAGGCGCUUGCCCGAUACGGCCUGCCCCGUCUCAGCGGCAGCUUUGCCUACUCGCUGCUCAUGGCGAACGCCGCCAUCGGAGCCCUGAUCGUCCACUGCGCCCUUUUUUGGGGCAAGGACAUCAUACGGGCGUACAAGAGCGCCAAGUCCGGCAGACACGACGACCGCCACCACGCCCACAUGAUAAAACACUACAAGGAGACACCGUGGUGGUGGUACAUUGGCCUGCUGGUCAUCAGCUUUGUCCUCGGUCUCAUUGUCGUCACCACGCAGAACAUCACCAUGCCGGCGUGGGCGUACGUCGUCUCGCUGCUGCUGGGCAUGUUCAUCGCACCUUUGAGCACCUUGCUGUACUCACGAUACGGCAACGGUAUCGCCACGAACAACCUGUCCAAGAUGCUGGCAGGCCUCAUCCUCCCUGAGCGGCCCAUCGGCAACAUGUAUUUCGCCGCCUGGUCCCACAACGUGAUUUCCAACGCAGUCAAUCUGUCCAACGACCUGAAGAUGGGGGAAUAUCUGAAAAUCCCUCCCCGUGUCAUGUUCCUCACCCAGGUCUACGGCACCAUCCUCGGCGGCUUCAUCAACUACGGCGUCAUGAUUUCCAUCGUCGGCAGCAAUCGGGACCUGCUUGCCAACACAGAUGGCAACAGCUCCUGGAGCGGCGCCACCAUGCAGAGCUACAACACCAACGCCACCUCGUGGGCGCUGGCGGGCUACCUGUACAAGACCGGCGGCCGCUACGCAAUGGUGCCCAUCGGCAUGGCCGUCGGCGCCGGGUGUGUGGUCAUCCACCGCAUCGUAGCCUGGCUCUUCCCGAACUUCAGGGUCAGGUCGUUUACGCUCUACGACAUCAACAUGCCGCAGUUCUUGCAGUAUGCGGGCUAUAUACCGUAUAACGCGAGUCAGACGUGUGUGUUGCUGAGCCAGGUCGUGUCGGGGUUUUUCGUGCAGUUCUAUCUGCGGAACCGCCGCCCUAGGAUCUUCAGGGACUAUUCGUACCUCAUUACUGGGGCCUUUGAUGGGGCGAGCUUGUUUGCGCUGUUCAUCCUCAGCUUUGCCGUCUUUGGUGCUGGAGGGCCGUCCAAGCCGUUUCCCAAGUGGUGGGGGAAUAACGUGGAUGGGUAUUAUGACUUGUGUCCGGUGGCCGAUUCAUAGAAGGGGGAGACGUGGCUGGAGUCGGGUGGAAAGGGGGUGUUGCUGGGGCUUACUGUACUACUACUACUAGUAGCCAGCUCGGAUA